AUGGAUGUGUACUCCCCAUCACACCCAACUGAUCAAGAUGCUGAUGGAGACAUUCCUUCAGGCAGUUUCAUUGAUGCUGACGUCGUCGAAGGACAUGGCCAAGAGGAGUCCCCGAUAAGCAUUUCCGAAAAAUCGAAGUUAACCUCCAGGGUAUCUAAGUUCUCCAAUGAAGAUCCUAGCCUCGCACCAAAGUCUCCUUGUUUAUCACCGUCACUGUCGGAUUCAUCGGUUUUGCCCGCUGAAGUUCUCCACGUGGUUCUAUCUCCCGGUCUAGCGUCUUCCGAUAAGAGUUUAGAGUCAUCAGUAGCUGGGGCGGCUUCGCAUCACGGCACUUACGACAAAUUAGCUGAGGACAAACUCAACGACACCUGCAAUCCUUCGCAAAGCUCCGCCAAAAUUUCUAGCACUGAGGAUGUAGGUGAACGAAAAGAAGCUAGUUUACGAACAGAAUGCAAAAAAAUUGAAAAAGAUCGUUCUUACAGAGACAGGUCGCCUGUUUCUCACAAGGUUUCCAGCCGACAUGCCGCAUCCAGGUCGUCUAGACCCCGCAGUCGAUCUCCAAGACGCAGACGCAGUAGUAAAAGUCUUGAAAAAAGAGCUCGUAGACGUUCCUCCUCCCAUUCACGGUCUCGAUAUAGUCAUAGCAGGCGUCGAUCAAGGUCUAGAUCAAGGGACAGGCGUCGUAGGCGCUCUCGUUCAGCAUCCCGGGACCGGCGGGAUCGUCGUGGUCGUGACUCCUGUAAGGAGUAUCGUACUCGAUCUCGAAGUCGUAGUCGUCAAAACAAAUGCCCCGAAACUGAUUCUUAUAGGUCCCGGAAAGACAAGCCCGGCCCCGAUACUGCACCCGUCCCCGUUAGUCUGCCUCUCCCAAAUAUUCCCCAGCCGCCACCUCUUCCCGAGUCUGUCGAUGAACAAUAUGACAUGGACGAAACAAGUACUCCUGAUAUUUCAGAAGGUCAGCAACCUUCCAGACCUUUUGUGCAGGGUUUGAAUGAAGGUGUCGCAUUUGUGUUUCGGAAUCGUCCUCCUCCUCCGCCUCCUCUGUCGAGUGCCUCAAAUUUAAACUGGCAGCAGCAAUGCCACAGUCAAUCACCCCUUGGUCACGCAAGCCAUUCAGGCCAUGCACAAUUGGCUCCUGUUCCCUUGGUCCAGGAGGCCUUUCACCAACAAUCGCAGUCAGGAAGCUAUGUUAAUAAUUUUCAGUCUCACAGGAUCAACACGCCUGGAAUCCGGGAGCUGCCGCCCAACCUUAUGCAGCAACGACCAUCCUUUAACCCGACGCACUUAAAUCGCUUUCCUGGGCCCCCUCCACAACUAAUUGCAUUAAAUGGAAUGAUUAAUCCUCUUUUACCGUUUGGUGGACUCCUUGGACAACCACCGCCUCCACCUCCUCCACCUCCAUCUCUAUCAAAUCUUUCUUAUACCGCGCCGCCUCCUCCACCAUUCAUUCAACAGAUCCAUCCGGCCUCUGGCCUGCCAUUUCAGCAGCAGUCGCAUGGCAAAGACCCUCCAAGACAUCCUCUUCCUUCUCCUCCUCCACCCCCACCUCCCACUUCAUCUAAUUUGCUUGAAACGAUAAUGAGCAAAGCGGGAUUGCCAACGGAUGGCAUUGUUGGCCUGGGUGGUGCCACUACCAGAGACACAACAACUGCAACAACGAUUCCUCUCCCAGCUGAAGACAAGUCACCAAUGAAACAUCUCAACAAACUUCUUAACACCGCGGCAAAUACAUUGCUAACCCAUCUGAACCUAUCUGGUGGCCAUACUAGUAGUCCCCCUCCACCACCACCACCGCUACCAUUACCACCAAUGGCUACGAACAAAACGGAUCCUUUAAUGUCGCCCAGUAAGCCGUGUGUCCCUCCUCUGCCCAAUAUUGUCGGAGGCAAGCAUUGUAAUGAGGUUCCAAAUGGUAAUGGAAAUCUGCCAUUGGAGCCGAAGAGGCACAAACCUCGCCUCGAGUAUAAUGUUCAAGAGAUGCUGGCUAAGCGCAAGCGGUCCGAGUUCAGCAGCACUCGCGAAUGGCAAGAACGUAUAGCUCUUGAAGUUCGAAGUUUUAUAAAGCCUUUUUAUGCUGCAGGAAAGGUGUCGAGAGAAGACUGUCGUACGAUUCUUAGAAAGUCUGUAAAUAAGAUCUCAAGAAGCCGAUGUACUUCGAUAAACACUAAGAAGAUUGGUGAAUUCGUGAAGCUUUACUUGCGCAGAUACUAUAAGUACCGCAAGUGGCAGGCGCGUCAACAACAAUUGCAGUCCUCCGGACCUGAAUCUAAGGGACCGACUGUACAGUGA